AUGAAGCCAGUGAACUGCUCAAUAUUCUUGAUGGGAAAAAUUGGUGUUGGGAAAAGUACUUUUGCACUCCGAUUUUGUCACCAAGUCUUUGUAAAAAUCAAUGAACCAUCAGACUUAAAUAACUACAAACGAGUUAUUAAGUUGACUGAGAGUGACGGCGAACAACGUGACGUUGUUGUGGAGUUGAUAGACCAGUACAACCCAUCAGAUGUACCACAAAUCUUGGAAUCUUAUAUGAAUAACACGGACGGAUAUUUCGUCUUUGUUUCUUCAACGAACCCAAACUCUAUCAAAGAAGUCGAUGUGAUCCAAGAGAUACUAAAAAGGUAUUCAAGUAACCACAACAAUAAGGCGUUACCUAUCAUCCUUGUGGAAACGAAGUGUGAGGACAUCAAUAAUUACUGUGUGUCACAACACGAAGUUAUCAAAUGCGCAAAAAAGUUGCACUCUGAUGUGGUCAGAGUGUCAUCGCUUACUGGAUUUAAUGUGUAUACUGCAAUUAAAACAAUGUCGUCGAUCGUCGUGCGAACAAAACCAAAUCCCGUCUCUGAAACAACCGUCGGUGAAGCGUUUCAACUCUCACACAAUUCAAAACAGUGUGUUGUUGUGUAA